CGCAGACGAUCUUUGUCAGGCUGGUAUUUGCUCUCCUCCAUCAUCAAACAGCCCCAAACCACAAACCGAGCGGCCGAGCGAGGGAGCGACCGAGCGGGGGGAGCCGAGGACAGUACGCCGCUGAAACGCACUAACACUGAGAUUUAACGCCUUUUUUAUGCCGCGUUGAGGGGAUUUGGACUUGAAUUUAAAAAAAGAGGAUGAAAUAACGUCGAAAAAGAUGCGCCACGUCGGCGGGAAAAGAAGUUAAACUUAAAAAAAAAAAAAGGUUGGUACUUGUGAUGUUGGUCUGAUCUGCCCCGGCUUCCUCUGCUUCAAGACUACAUUUCCCAUGGAGCCGUGCACUGACACACACACUGUUCUACCAUGGAGCCACCAGUCAGGGUUUUGGACCCAAAGAGCCAGUGAGACAGAAGAGGACCUGAUAUUGUGAUAUCACCCUCCAAACCUGAAUCCAUCCCGUCGUCUCCUCCCUCCAACCCCUCCUGCCUGUCCUCCGGUUGACCAUCCUCAUCUGGAGCUCCUCCCUGCCCCCACCCCCGACUCCUCCUGUGGAUUUAAAGACUUUUAUCAGGACUUGAGUGUCUCCGCUCAGUGCGACACGCUGACCAGAAGCUCCUAAUCACAGAGCUAAGGCCCAGUCUGGGCCCAGUUCAGGCCCGGUCUCAGUCCAGUCCUGCUGCAGGAUGAGAGGUCUACCGUUCUGUUUGGCUGUGAUGGCCACUGCUCUGCUGCUGACCCUCAGAACCGACGCUGCAGGUCAGAACCCGGACAACGUCCUGCAGGGCACAGGGGUGAAACCCGAGGCUCGGCGGCCGGGCGAGGACUCGACGAUAGCGCCGGAAGACGCUGCCCGUUUCCUCAGCUGCUACUGCUCCGGACACUGUCCUGAGGACGCCACGAACAACACCUGCCAGACCAACGGUCAGUGUUUUGCCAUCAUCGAGGAGGAUGAGCACGGCGAGGCCAUCCUCACCUCUGGCUGCAUGAAGUACGAAGGCUCACACUUCCAGUGCAAGGACUCUCCCAACGCUCAGACCAGGAGGACGAUCGAGUGCUGCAACACCGACUUCUGCAACAAAGACCUGCAGCCCACGCUGCCCCCUCAGGCUCCAGCCGAAGGCAGCCCUCACUGGUUGGCCUUCCUCAUCUCCAUGACGGUCUGCUGCUGCACUCUGAUCUGUGUCACCGUGGUGUGUUACUACAGGUAUAAGUGGCAGAGUGAGCGUCAGCGCUAUCACAAGGAUCUGGAGCAGGAAGUCUUCAUACCUGUUGGAGAGUCGCUUAAAGAUCUCAUCCACCAAUCACAGAGCUCAGGCAGCGGCUCGGGGCUCCCUCUGCUGGUGCAGCGAACCAUCGCCAAGCAGAUCCAGAUGGUGCGUCAGAUUGGUAAAGGGCGAUACGGCGAGGUGUGGCUGGGCCGCUGGAGGGGAGAGAAGGUGGCCGUCAAAGUCUUCUUCACCCGAGAGGAAGCCAGCUGGUUCAGGGAGACGGAGAUCUACCAGACGGUGCUGAUGAGACACGAGAACAUCCUCGGCUUCAUCGCGGCCGACAUUAAGGGCACCGGCGCCUUCACGCAGCUCUUCCUCAUCACCGACUACCACGAGAACGGCUCUCUGUACGACUACCUGAAGCUGACGACGCUCGACACGCAGUCUCUGCUGCGGCUGGCGUACUCCGCCGCCUGCGGCCUCUGUCACCUGCACACCGAGAUCUACGGCACGCAGGGAAAACCGGCCAUCGCCCACCGAGACCUCAAGAGCAAGAACAUCCUGAUCAAGAAGAACGGCACCUGCUGCAUCGCCGACCUCGGCCUCGCUGUCAAGUUCAACAGCGACACUAACGAGGUGGACAUCCCUCUGAGCACCCGGGUCGGGACGCGGCGCUACAUGGCCCCCGAGGUCCUGGACGAGAGCCUCAACAAGAACCACUUCCAGGCUUACAUCAUGGCCGACAUGUACAGCUACGGCCUGGUCAUCUGGGAGAUGGCCAGACGCUGCGUCACCGGAGGUAUCGCGGAGGACUACCAGCUGCCGUACUACGAGAUGGUUCCCUCCGACCCGUCUUACGAAGACAUGCUGGAGGUGGUCUGCGUCAAAGGACUGCGGCCCACCGUGUCCAACCGCUGGAACAGCGACGAGUGUCUCCGGGCCAUGCUGAAGCUGAUGUCGGAGUGCUGGGCUCACAACCCCGCCUCCCGCCUCACCAUCCUCAGAGUGAAGAAGACGCUCGCCAAGAUGGUCGAGUCCCAGGACAUAAAGAUCUGACCGCUCCCUCCUCCUCCUCCUCCUCCUCCUCCUCCUCCCCUUUGUCCUCCUCCUCCUCGGACUCACCUGAACCCAGAACACACUCGACCUGACCUGGACCUCAUCCGACCGCACCGGAUCCCCAGCCUCAGCUCAUUGCUCUUCAUCAGGAGGAGGAGGAGGAGGAGAAGAUGGGAGAUUUAAAUAUGAAAAAGGACCCGCCUCAGGGCUGAACUGUGCGUCUCCUCCUCCUCCUCCUCCUCCCUCCUCCCUCCUCCAUCGUCAGUCAUCUGCGGCCUGGAAACAAACAUAGGAGUCCUCCUCCCUCCUCCUCCUCCUCCUCCUCCUCUUUCUGUGCCGGUGUUUGACGCUUUCUGUGAAAGCCAAACGAGACGAUAAUUUUGAUGAGCGAGGAGGAGGAGCUUCAUGAUGCUCGUUGUGAAUGAACCGAGAAACAAUUGAGAUCUCCUUUUUUAAAUUUUAUGUUUUAAGGGCCCUCCUCACUUCCUCACCUCCUCGUCUCCUCGCCUCCCCCAGCCCUCCUCAAAACGCUAAAAAUGCCAAUUUUGUUGUUGUUGUUGUUGUUUUCUCUUCAGGACUGAGUUCUCCUGCCAUAUUGAAAUAUAUCUCCGCUCUAAAGUAGAGUUAAUUAUAAAAAUAAGGUACUAUUAUAAUAUGUGAAUUUUAAAGUGUACAUAGAUGUUCUCAUUAGACGCCGUGCCUCCUCAUGAGAAGAUUUUAAAGACCAGAACACUUUGCUGCAGACGUCCAGCCGACUCCUCAGAGACGUUGACAGAAAACGAUGGAGUCCCCACGGAGAGACGUCUCCCGUCCUGUCUGUCCCGUCUGUCCUGUCCUGUCCUGUCUGUCUGUGUCCCGGUUCGUGUUUGUCCGUCACGUAUGAAGAGGAGCGGAGCUGCUCUGGUGGCAGAGGAAGCGUCUCAUUGGUGCUUGGAGUUAAACCUCAGCUGGGUGGAGUCAAAAGAGCCAGAUCUAAGUCAGCUCUGCGAGCCAGUCAGAGAGAAGAGAACUUGUUUUUAAUUUAAAUGUAUUGACUUAUAACGAGCAAACGAACUUAACGUGUCCAAACCUCCUUUGUCAGCAGCUGUAACCAAAGAUAACAAGGCGAUCCACGUACGUUUCAUCAACCUCCUGCCGGCCUUCCGUCACUGUUUAAAGUUUAAAACUCUUCGAUCAAACGUGGGAAGAAGUUAAAAUAUUUUUAGAUAUUUAGUUUGUCAUACAAAGACGUUAAACGUUAAAGAUAACGGAGCACUGAGCUUGUUCCCGUUACCCCUAAAUUCCACCGGACGCGGUCGCCGCAGCGCUGUAGUCGAUGUGGUACCGUGGUCCGGUUCUCCUACACACCGAGCACCUGGAGCUGACAGGAAGCCAGACACAGAAACAGCAUAGAGAAUCUGGUGGAUUUUCAAAAUAAAACACCCCACGCAAACAGAAAUGAACUACGCAGCAUAUUUACACAUGUAGAAGCAUUUUUAGAAGAACAUAAACCAGGUAGGGUGACGGAGACGUGUCCGUGGUUCGGUCUCAUCUUUGUCGCUCGGCUUCACCCUAACGUGGUAUGCAAAUUUAAAAAAUUUGGCUCCUCCCACUGAGGUUUCACCCAUCCAAUCAGACGAUUUCUUUCUUUCUGUGUAGAAGAUUCAUUUAUUCCACAAUAAAGAGUCAAUUUCUUUUUCUUUUUUUCUUAAAUUUAAGAAUUUUCUUUCAGUUGCAUUUUUUUGGGACAAAACAUUUAAAAUAUUUGGGAAACCGGUCUUGAAUGCCCCGGACCUCUGUGGAUGAAAGUCGCCUUUAACGUUUGGUUUUCUCUCCUCGGCAGCAGGACGACGCGAGAUUGUUGUGAAUGAAGCUAACCUUUCAUACCGUAGCUAUUUAAGAGCAGUAACUUAGUGUUUUUCUCUGUAUUAAAUAUGCAAGAAAACCCCCAGUAUAGAAAUAAUCUCUAAUAUGUAAAUCUUUUUUUUGUUUUGUUUCGGUGUUGUUCUUGUUGUUGUUGUUGUCGUUUUGUACAGCAUCUGGUUCGGUGCCUUAUGAGUUUACCAAGGAAAUGAAAACUCUGUAAACAGUCUGUCCAAUGUAACGAUUUUUAAGUAAAUAACCUUAUUUUAGUACACAA